AUGGUCUCCCCAGCCAUUGCUCUGGCCUUCAUCCCCUUCCUGGUCACCUUGAUCAUCCGCUACCGGCACUACUUCCUGCUCUUCUACCGGGCGGUGCUGGUGCGCCGGCUGCAGGACUGCCUGACGGGCAUCUCCCGGGAGGAGCGGGCCUUCCAGUACGUCCUCACGCAUGCCAUCCCCGGCGAUCCCCACCACAUCCUCGAGACCUUCGACCAGUGGUGCUACCACUGCGAGUACCUCAGCAACGUGGGGCCUCACAAAGGUAAGAUCCUGGACCGUCUGAUCUAUGAGAACACGCCGCUCACCGUGCUAGAGCUGGGCACGUACUGUGGUUACGCCACCAUUCUCAUGGCCCAGUGUUUGCCCAUGGGUGCCCGGCUCUACACCGUGGAGAUGGACCCACGCAAUGCCGCAGUGGCCGAGAAGGUCAUCCGCCUGGCCGGCUUCGACGAGGACACUGUGGAGCUGAUUGUGGGCGCCUCGGAGGAGGUGAUCCCGCAGCUGAAGGAGAAGCACGGCCUGCUCAAGGCCGACUUUGUCUUCAUGGAUCACUGGAAGCGCUGCUACCUGCGGGACCUGCAGCUGCUGGAGGCCCACGGCCUGCUGCUCGAGGGAGCCACCAUUGUGGCCGACAACGUGGUCUUCCCCGGCGCGCCCCACUUCCUGCAGUACGUCAAGACCUGUGGCAAGUACCAGUGCAAGAUGCACAGGACCAGCUUGGAGUACUUCCGGGCCAUCCCCGACGGCAUGGCCGAACUCACCUACAUGGGCCUGGACUGAGCUCUCACGGCCAAGGUGGGGCUGCCAGGCUGGGCCCCGUCCUGCCCUGCCAGGGAUCCAGCCGGUGCUGCACCAGAGCUGAGGGGUGUCUGGGCUUGGGGGCCAUGUAGAGAUGCCCAAAGGCUGGGGCUGGUGGGUGGGUGUGUGCCCACGUGCGUACGGCCUCGCCACGCUGCCCGAUCUGCACGUGAGCCCGUCUCUGCUCUGUGUGUAUAGGGGCCAGAGUCUGUUCUAAUUUCCACUGGCGUGAAUCCAGAGCAACUCCAGAGCACUCUGCGUUCACACCAGCGGUUGUGAGAUGAGACUCAGGUCCAUGCAAGCUGCACUGUUUGUGAAGGAACGGGAGUCUCCCGGAUAGGUCUGCUGCACUGUAUGAACGAGCAGCGCACGCGUGCACACACCCAGGCUGCAGCCACCACUCAAAGAGGUUUUGUUUGCCCCCCACCUUUCGCUCCC